ACGAAAUGAGGGAAACUUCUUUAAUACAGCAUUUUGCAAAUCUUUUUCAUCUUUCUUUCUCUCUUUCUCUCUCUAAAAAGCCAAAGAAAAGCUAGUGCUGAUCAACCAUGGCGUCGUCUUCGUCGGAGGAACUGAAGCAAGAACCGCAGCAACCUCCGGCGCCGGUCAAGGAGUGUGUGCACAAGACCAAACUGAUUCAAUUCUUGGGCCGUACUACACCUAUCGUCCUCCAAAACGAUAAUGGCCCUUGCCCUCUCCUCGCCAUAUGUAAUAUUCUUCUGCUCAGGAACAACUUGACUCUGAGUUCAGAUGUGACCGAAGUUUCGCAGGAGAAGUUGCUGUCCCUUGUUGCAGAACGAUUAAUCGAUUCAAAUAGUAAUAUCGAUAAUAGAGACGAGGGUUAUGCUGAGAAUCAACAGCAGAACAUUGCUGAUGCCAUUGAUCUGCUUCCUCGACUUGCUACUGGGAUUGAUGUAAAUAUAAAAUUCAGGAGAAUAGGUGAUUUUGAGUUUACUCGAGAAUGUGCCAUAUUUGAUUUGUUGGAUAUUCCACUUUAUCAUGGUUGGAUAGUUGAUCCCCAGGACUAUGAAACAGCCAAUGCCAUUGGAUCAAAGUCGUAUAAUACUCUAAUGGAGGAACUUGUUGCCCUUGAAACACGAAAUGAGAGAGAAUAUAAAAAUUCUCCUGAAGAAGAUUGUGUUGAUUUUGCUGCAGCAACAACAGCAACUCUGGGUGUCCCUUCUCCGUGCCUUCCUAAAGCUAGAUCUUUUGAUGAUUCUCCACAUUUAGACACCAAUCAGGAAAAGGCAAGAAAAGGGGACCUUGAAGAGGAAGCAGAGUUGUUGAGAGCUUUAAAAAUGUCGAAGUCUGAACUGCUGCCUUCACUGGACGAUCCUCUUGUAGCUGAUGUUAAUAAAGGGCCUGUGUCCUUCAGUUCAGAUGAAAGCACACAUGUCCAGAAGAUUGUGCCUGUAGGUUCUGUAGAUAUGUUAGAGAAGCAUGUUUUCGAAAAUAACAUUUUCCAUAAUCCAGACUUAUCUAUAUUAGCUGACUGCAAUGCCUCCAGGAAUGGAAGUGAUGAAUUGAUGUGUUUUGGAAGUACUCCAGAGCAUUCUUUGUAUCCAUUUUCAAAGGCAAAUGAAGAAAAUAGUAUCGAUCCCCGAACAUAUGUAGAACCAGAAGGGUAUUCUCCUAUUAUUGAUGAAGUUGAAAAGAGCAGUGUUGACACACUGGCCAAGAUUCAAAGUUCUGUUUCUCUUUCUCCUGGAAUGAGCACUCAAUCUGUAAAUGAGCAUCAUGCAAAUAUUUCACAAAGCAGUGAAAUAAGCAAUAAUAUAUCAAAUUCUACCAUAUAUAUUCACACGACUGCAGAUAAGAAAGUUGAAUGCUACUCAACAGAAUUAUCAUCCUUAUCAGCGCCAAAUGCAGAUAUGCCUUCAGAUUCAUCUAGUGACCAGAUGCUGCAGCUCAACACAUCUGAAGCUUUGACUUCAAGUGUUGAUGGGAGUGAGCCCAUUUAUGAAGGGGAGGAAUGUAUUUUGGAUCCUGCAACUACAGUUUAUGAAGAUAGAGAACCAAUCUAUGAAGGUGAAGUGGUCCUUGCUAAUCAAGCUGACAAAAGCACUAUAGAUUCAAGUCCAAAGGAUGAAAUUAGUCCCGAAGCAGGUGAACUGAUCAGGAGUUUUUUGAAGAGUAAUGCUAGUCAAUUGACUUUCUAUGGCCUUUUUUGCUUACAAGAUGGUCUUAAAGAGCGUGAGCUGUGCGUCUUUUUCCGUAAUAAUCACUUCAGCACCAUGUUUAAGUUCAAAGGGGAGCUUUAUCUUUUGGCUACGGACCAAGGGUACAUUAAUCAGCCUGACUUGGUGUGGGAGAAGCUAAAUGAGGUUAAUGGAGACACAUUGUUUAUGACAGGAAGUUUCAAGGAAUUUAAGGUAGAAGAACAUUCAAAUGAAUCUUGGGAUCAACAUAAUGCCAUGACUAGCACUGCGGACUACAUUGCCAGCAUUGAUAGUGCAGCACAAGCAGGCCUGGAUAUAAAUUCUGAUUUGCAACUGGCAAUAGCUCUUCAGCAACAAGAGUUCGAGCAACAGCCGCAGCGUCAAAAUGUGCAGCAACCACCGACUGUUAGUACCAAUUCAAGACUGAUCACUGGUCCCCAGGUGCCGAGAAGCCGGAAUCCGUCGACACUGUCUCCCAGGGCUGAACAAAAAUCAAAAGACAAGUGUACGGUAAUGUGAAUUCUUCUGUAUGAAACAAAGUUCAGAGUUUGUUUUUGUAAAUGGUUUUUAAUGCCUUCCCUGGAAUGAAUCCUAUUCAGCAGCGUAUAUGUGAUUUUUAGAGUUUUUUUGACUGUAAAUAAAGUCCUCGUGUAUGCUAAUCCAAAAAAGAAAAAAAAAAAAGUGUUGGUGUACCAAUGACCCUCACUUCACAGGACCUUUUUUUUUUUUUCCUCCCCAUCAUUUAUUUUUGAAAAGAAAUGGGGGUUGGUCUUGGUCCUGUUCAAUUCUUGGACAAAAUUCAAAGAAGUGAUGGAAUAAAGUGUUAAUGGGCUUCGCAGUUGGAA